AUGCAGGUACACGUAUUUUUUCUGGGGUUUUUGUUCAUUUUGUUUAUCACGAAUGUAGUGUAUGAGUAUAUUUACACUUUUAAUUCAAGAAAAGAGAAAAUAAAAAAAAAAGAUAUAAGUGAUGAUAAAAGACUCGUGCAGGUGUUUUUACAUGUUCAUAUACUAAAAGAUAUUAUGGUUGUAUCAUUAGUCAACUUUUUUACAAAAAUUAUGAUAUUCUUUCAUUGCUUAAAGAGGUACUUGUUUUUUAAUAAAUAUAAUUAUAUCGGUUAUUCGAACAUCGAACAGGAGGAUAAAAACAAUAUGAAGAGUACUAUCGAUGCUUACAACACGAGCAGUGUCAAUAGUGGUAUCAGUAAAAACAAAAAGGUGGAAAAGAGAAAAGAGAAUGUUCAGGUGAAAACCAUUUAUUUUAUAAGGCACAGUGAAUCAGUAUGGAAUAACGUAGUUAACAAAAAAUUUUCGAUGAAAACUUUUGCAAAUCUUAUCCUAGUAUUAAUGUAUGAGAUAUUUUUCUUCUUUAGUAAGAAAUCAGUUUUAGUAGAUUCCCCCUUAAGUAAUAAUGGUGUCGUGCAGUCCAUUGAACUGUCAAAUUUUUUGCAGCAAGAAAAAAAUGCUAAUAAUGAAAAUAAUUUUUGUGAUAUACCUAUGAACAAAUUCAGUAAAGUAGAUGAUCAGAUGAAGAGUGACCCACAUCAAGUUAUUGAGUUGAAUGAAAUGUGGAAGUGGGGCGAUACCCGCACGAGCAACAGAAGAGCAAAGAAUAAUGAUGAAAGUAUUCAUUAUAAUGGUAAUCCUCACCAUAAUGGUAAUCCUCACUAUAAUGGUAAUCCUCACUAUAAUGGUAAUCCUCACUAUAAUGGUAAUCCUCACUAUAAUGAUAAUACUCGUUAUAAUGAUAAUACUAACUAUAAUGACAAUGCCCAAUAUAAUGACAAUACACACUAUAAUGACAAUGCCCAAUAUAAUGAUAGUGAUCUUCAUAGCGGAUAUGAUGAACAUCUUGGUAAUGAUAUUAACAAUAUGAAUAGUUGUAAACGAAAUACAGUUAUGCAAAGGAAAAAAAAUGGGGAAAGUAUUGCCGAUAACAUAAAUAGCAGGAACAGGAAUGAUAACGUUAUGUAUAAUUAUGAAAGUGAAGAUGAAAAAGGAAAUAAACAAAAUCAAGCAAAUAUUGGUAAUAUGAGUCUAAAAGAACAUGUUGAUAUUCUUAAUAGAAGUCCAAAAUACAAAAGCACUAUUUUAUGUUCUGAUUUAAGAAGAGCUAUAUCUAGCUGUUUUAUUUCUUUUUAUAAUAGAAUAAAUAAAUAUAAUGAACAAAUUCAUGUAUUAAAUUCUUUGCAAGAAAUCAGUGGUAAUCCAGAUUGUGUUUCUUUAUUUGAUUUUCAUAAUAAUAAUUAUAUAAGUACUGAUAUUGAAAAUUUCUUACACAAAGAUGUGGAAGAAUUAUUUAAAAAAAAUAUUAAAAUUGCAAAACCACCCCCUUAUUCCUCAUCUUCACAUAAUAAAUUUUUAGAUACAUUAACGUAUAUAUUUAAUAAUAAUAAUAAUAUUUUCAUUAUAUUUGGACAUAGUUUAUGGUUUCGUCUUUUUUUUAAUUAUUUCCUAAAACAAGCACAUAAGGUAAAAACGCACAAAAUGCAAAACUCAGGUGUUGUUGUUUUUAAUAUGUUAAAAUAUAAAGAAGAUAAUGAAGUGAAGUAUGAAAUUGAAAAGGACAGCGUUCGGGUGUUAUAUAAGGGUUUGAUUGAGAAUGAGCAUAACAAGAUCGAAUAG